AAAUGUAAAUGUCACUAAGGUUAAAAUGUUUAUAAAACUGAAUUCUAUAUUUAAACCCAGUAUAAAUUUAAAAUUUCGGUUAUAGGUAUCACAUUUUUUAUAAGAUUUAUUUACCAUUUAUAAUCAGGAAAUUUUCUUUAAUUUGAAAUUAUUUUGCAUUAUCUAUUAUUCAAAUAUAUAUUUUUAUCAAUAAGUCAAAGUGGCAUAACUUAAUGUUUACUUAAAACAUAAGCUUAUUUUUGUAUGUUAUCUUAAUAAGCCCUAUAUUUAAUAUUCAUAUUGCUAAUGAAAUGUUUGUAAUUAAAUAUCUCUUAUCUAAUAAUUAAUGUUUUAUACACGAAGUCAGCAGCAUAAUUUUGUAGUUGUAUUAAAACAAACCGACAACUGAGAUAUAAUAAAAUGGCCAAUUUUACAUUCAGAGGCCUUAUGGCUCCAGUAUUUACAGUUUUUAAUAAGGAUUUAUCAGUAAACACGGAGAUUAUUCCACAAUAUGCCAAAUUUUUGCACGACUCUGGAGUACCAGCAGUAUUGGUCCACGGAACUAGUGGAGAGGGUAUGUCUAUGACCGUCGAAGAAAGAAAAAAGGUCGCAGAAAAAUGGGUUUCUUCUGUCAGAUGUACAAAACAACACGUCAUGGUCCAGGUCGGUGGUUGUCCUUUACCUGAUGCACAGGAACUCGCCAGGCACGCUGAAAAAAUCGGAGCACACUCAAUUUUGUGCUUGCCAGAACUAUAUUUCAAACCCAGCACUCCUCAAGAGCUGAUCGAUUACUUAAAACUUAUUAGUCAAGCUGCACCUAAUACACCACUUCUGUAUUACCAUAUUCCAGCAUGGACGUGUGUUGACAUUAAUAUGGAACAAUUUUUGGAGCAAUCAGUGGGACAAAUUCCUACAUUCCAUGGCAUUAAGUAUACUUCUAACGAUUUAGCAGAAGGUUACAAUGCUCUUAAGGCUGCUAAUGGGAGAUAUGCAGUAUUUUUAGGGGCAGAUACGUUGAUAGAACCAGCUUUUGCUCUGGGCUUUGAUUCCAUUAUUGCCACAUCUCUAAACAUUAUUCCUGGACAUUCAGUAAAAAUCGUUGAAGCCAUCCAGGAGAAUAGAAUUGCAGAUGCUAGGGCAGUCCAAGGAAAACUUACCGCUGCAUGCAAAAUUAUAACUAAAGAUGGUGCUUGGGUUCCAACUAUGAAGGCAGCCAUGAAUUUCGUUACUCCAAUUAACGUUGGUUUAGCAAGGCCACCUCUGAGAAACUUAACGGAAGAUCAGAUCAAAACACUUCACUCAGGACUGAAGAGGUUUCUCUAAACUUUAAGAACUCCCGAGACCAAUAUCAUUAAAAAUGGCUGCUGCUUUGACGAGAAUUCUUUAUUGUAUUUUUUCUUGAAUAAUAUUAAAUAUAUUUUUAUAUUAUAAUACCUACCUA